AUGCCUUCAGAAAAGAAAAAACGCGUUUUACCUCCUCCUAUCGGAUUAGAGGUUUCUGUUCCUCCAAAGGAUAGUUUAGUAGAAGAUUUGAGAAACGCGCUUGAACAUUCAAGGGAACUAUUCUCAGACAUAGCAUGGGAGUUCACUUUAGCCCCCACUCCUACUACCAUCUAUGCUCAUAAAGCUAUUUUAUAUGCUCGAAGUUCUCGUUCUUUUAAAGAACGUUUCAUGAAAUAUAAAGAUUCAAACGGACAGUCCAUACGGUCUGUACGGUUAUCAAAUCCCGAUCCCAUAACUGUAAAGACAGAUGCAGAUCCAUUCCUUUUUAAACAAGAGUUAAAAUUCUUUUAUACUGGUGAAGAAGGAAGUGAAGAAUUUCUGAACGCUGUUGAUACUACGGAUGAACUUGAACAACAAAAAUUGAAAGAAGAUUUAUUAUAUAUGUAUAAAUCAAAAUUAUACACUGAUGUUGAAUCAGAAUAUUUUAAAAAAAUGCUUAGUUCAAAUUUUCUUGAAGCGAGAACAGCAUCCAUAAGUCUUGAUGCUACCAUUUUUAGUCCAAUGUCAAUUAAUUUGAUUCUUUCAUUCAUUUAUACUGGAAAUCUUACUUAUAAUCAAAAACCAUUGACUUUAGAAAUUUGUGAAUGGGUGUGGAUUGGCGCUGAUUUUUUGAAUAUGAAAAAUCUUUGCGAUGACAUAGUUUAUAGAAUUUCCACAAAAGUACAUUAUUUCGCUUGUACUUGUGGUGAAUGUCAAGUAGUCAUUCCUAGAGUUGCAUCAUUUGCAAAGGAACAUGAAGUUACUAAAUUAUGGAAAGGUUGUUUACAUGUUUUAGCUAUAGGAUUUGAUAACAUGUGGCCUCAUAGAGAAUUUGCAAAUCUUGAUGAAGAUACAAGAGAAGAGGUUCUUAUGACAUUACUUGCCAAUAUUCAAACUUCUAAUAUCAUUUCUAUUUUCAAAGGUUGUCGAAGGAUUUAUUCAAUGAUUGAUAUCAAAGGAAUAGGUUUACCUUGGAUAGAAUCAAUUCGUCGCAUGACAAAUCAAGUUCGUUCAUUUGCAACACAAAUAUUGGUGGAUGAUUUUGAACAAAUUUGUGAAGAAGAUCAAGAAUUUCUGGAUUGUGUGGAUGGGGUUGGUUUUAGUUUAGACAUAUUAGAGGACAUUAUGAAUAUUAUAGUGGAGGAAGGCUUAACUGAACAAAAUUCAACGAAAGUACUCAAAUGUAUUACGGAGAAAUUAUUAACUAGACCAGCAGUGGUGGAUUCAGAGAUAACGGAAUCAAAAGCAGUAUUGUUAAGAGCUAAACAAAACGUUUUUGAUUAUAUAAAAAAGAGAUGGAUUGGAAUUAAACAAUAUGGUGGAUUUAGAUUAUUGAGUCCUAUGAUUUUGGAUGAAUUCGAAAAAGAGUUAGGAGUUGAUCGUCAAGAAUUGCAAGCUUAUGAUGAAAAUUCAAAACCAAAAACAACAAAAUCGCCUAAUUUAAUAAAUGGAAAAAAUGGAACAACUGUAACAAUUUUAAAUACAAAUGGACAUACAAAGAAGGUCGUAUCUUCGAUUACUCCAUCAUCAUCUUCGUCUUCUUUGAAUUCAAAUAGAUUACCUUUAGCUGAAUCAUCAUCAGUGAAAAGUAAUAAUAACAAUAGCAAUAAUACCUCUACCAAAAGACCUUCAACAAAGAAAGGUAAAAGCGUACGCAUUGGUGAAACUACUACAUGGGAUCGUCCAACUCGGGCCAGCGUUUUACGUCAAAAGGCAUUAGCAGAGGCAGCAGCAAAGAAUCCAGUAAAAAAUCCAGUAAAAAUACUAGCGAAAACAGCAACAUCAACAAAUAAUAAUAAUAAAACUACGAAAAAAUCUCCAUCAACAUCUAGUCUUAAGGUGCCUCCCGCAGGUGGUUCUAGUACACAAAGAGGACGUUCACCUAAUAAACAAACUUCAUCGCGUCCAUGUUCAAGUACCUCAAUUAAUUCUGUUGCGACUUCUAUUUCUCCAGCACGUUUAAAUGAUGUACGACAAAAUCGUGCCAGUAUGUUAAGGCAAUUAAAAUAUGAUGACGCGCACCAAAGACGUGGUCGUGGUCGUGAUCGUGAUCGUAAUUAUUCACCCAAAUCUUCACGAGCAAGUUCUAUUGCGUCUGCAUCAUCUGCCACUAGUUCUACCACUACAUCAUCGCAUCACAGACGAAAACGAUCACCUUCUAUAAAUUCAACUUCAACCACGAUUACGAAUAACUCAAAUGGAAAGAUUACUAGUUUACAACCGAAAUCACAUCAGACCAAAUUAGCUACUACUCCCAAUCCGGAUAUUUCUGUAGGUAGACGUGUGAUACUUCCAACAAAAAAUAAUGCACCUGGCAUUAUACAAUUUUUGGGAGAAACAGAAUUUGCAAAGGGAAUCUGGGUAGGAAUUGAACUUGAUAAUGCCGCCAGCAUCAAAUAUUUCGCGGCCGCCAAUAAUCAUGGGAUAUUUGUUAGACCGGAUUCACUUUUAUUAAUAUGUUAA